UCGCAGCGGGCGGAAGUGAGGCUCCGGCAGCUGGGCGUCCGCGGCCCUUGAGGUUUCUGUGUACCUCCCCCGGACCCUGUCUGAGCUGGCGGUAGGCCGUAGCAGGCGGGCUGGAGAUUGAGAAAUUAUGCUGGCGGAGGUGAGAGGCCUGUUGAGAGUCUCCUGGAGCUGCUAAGUGCAGAGCUCAUAGACAGAGUCUCACUUUACCGCCUUCGGUAGAGUGCCAUGAUGUCACAGGACUCACAGCAACCUCUAGCUCUUGGGCUUCCACGAUUCUCCUGCCUCAGCCUCCUGAGCAGCUGGGACUACAGGCACCCGCCACAAUGCCCAGCUAUUUUUUGGUUGCAGUUCAGCCGGGGCUGGGUUUGAACCUGCCACCCUUGCAGAUUACUUCUCAACUGGAUCACUAGUUCACUUUUUGAAGCACAAUGUCUCGAUCACGGCAACCCCCACUUGUGACAGGAAUCUCUCCAAAUGAAGGAAUACCAUGGACAAAGGUCACAAUUAGAGGAGAAAACCUGGGCACUGGCCCCACCGACCUCAUAGGCUUGACAAUUUGUGGACAUAAUUGCCUCCUGACGGCAGAAUGGAUGUCUGCAAGUAAAAUAGUGUGUCGAGUGGGACAAGCCAAAAAUGACAAAGGAGACAUUAUUGUUACAACUAAGUCAGGUGGCAAAGGAACCUCAACAGUCUCUUUCAAGCUACUCAAACCUGAAAAAAUAGGCAUUUUGGAUCAGUCUGCUGUUUGGGUUGAUGAAAUGAAUUAUUAUGAUAUGCGUACUGACAGGAAUAAAGGAAUUCCCCCCUUGUCCUUACGUCCUACUAAUCCACUUGGCAUUGACAUUCAAAAAAGCAAGUUUCCCCAGAAGGACUUAGAAAUGCUAUUCCCUGGCAUGAGUGCUGAUUUCACAAGUGAGAAUUUUUCAGCUACCUGGUAUCUCAUAGAGAACCAUGCAACCACCAGUUUUGAUGACUUCAGAACAGCAGUAUCCAACCUCAAGAAGCAGGCUAACAAGAAGAGUGAGGGCAGUUUGGCAUAUGUGAAAGGGGGUCUUAGUACAUUCUUUGAAGCACAAGAUGCCCUUUCAGCCAUCCAUCAAAAACUAGAAGCGGAUGGAACGGAAAAAGUUGAAGGAUCCAUGACGCAAAAACUGGAGAAUGUUCUGAACAGAGCAAGUAAUACUGCGGACACAUUAUUUCAAGAAGUACUAGGUCGAAAGGACAAGGCAGAUUCCACUAGAAAUGCACUUAAUGUGCUUCAACGAUUUAAAUUUCUUUUCAACCUUCCUUUAAAUAUUGAAAGGAAUAUUCAAAAGGGUGAUUAUGAUGUAGUUAUUAAUGACUAUGAAAAGGCCAAGUCACUCUUUGGGAAAACGGAGGUGCAAGUUUUCAAGAAAUAUUAUGCUGAAGUAGAAACACGGAUUGAAGCUUUAAGAGAAUUACUUCUGGAUAAAUUGCUUGAGACACCUUCAACCUUACAUGACCAAAAACGUUAUAUCAGGUAUCUGUCAGACCUCCACGCCUCAGGUGACCCUGCCUGGCAGUGCAUUGGAGCCCAGCACAAGUGGAUUCUUCAGCUCAUGUACAACUGCAAAGAGGGCUUUGUGAAAGACCUGAAAGGUAAUCCGAGCCUGCACAGUCCCAUGCUGGACCUUGAUAACGAUGUGCGUCCCUCAGUGUUGGGCCAUCUCAGUCAGACAGCAUCACUGAAGAGGGGCAGCAGCUUUCAGUCUGGUCGAGAUGAUGCAUGGAGAUACAAAACUCCCCACAGGGUGGCAUUUGUUGAAAAAUUGACCAAGCUUGUCUUAAGUCAACUGCCUAACUUCUGGAAACUCUGGAUUUCAUAUGUUAAUGGAAGCCUUUUCAGUGAGACUGCUGAGAAGUCAGGCCAGAUUGAAAGGUCAAAGAACGUAAGGCAAAGACAACAUGAUUUUAAGAAAAUGAUUCAGGAAGUGACACACUCCCUUGUGAAGCUGAUCCGAGGGGCCUUGCUCCCACUCAGUAUCUGGGAGGGCGAGGCGCGGCAAUAUGGGGGCUGGGAGGUGAAGUCUGAGCUCUCCGGACAGUGGUUCACACAUGUCAUCCAGACCAUCAGACUCACUUACGAAUCGUUGAUUGCCCUUGAAAUUCCUAAUGACAUGUUACAGACUAUCCAGGAUCUCAUUUUGGAUCUCCGAGUACGUUGUGUAAUGGUCACAUUGCAACACACAGCAGAAGAAAUAAAGAGAUUAGCUGAAAAAGAAGACUGGAUUGUUGAUAAUGAAGGCCUGACUUCUCUACCAUGUCAGUUUGAACAGUGCAUCGUGCUUUCCCUGCAGUCGCUAAAGGACGUUCUCGAGUGCAAGCCCGGAGAGGCCAGUGUCUUUCAACAACCCAAAACACAGGAGGAGGUUUGCCAACUAAGCAUCAGUAUCAUGCAGGUUUUUAUACACUGUCUGGAACAAUUGAGCACCAAGCCUGAUGCAGAUAUAGAUACUACACAUCUUUCUGUGGAUGUGUCUUCCCCUGAUUUGUUUGGAAGUAUCCAUGAAGACUUCAGUUUGACCUCUGAACAGCGGCUUUUGAUAGUCCUAAGUAACUGCUGCUAUCUAGAACGCCACACCUUCCUAAAUAUAGCAGAACAUUUUGAGAAGCACAACUUCCAGGGAAUAGAAAAAAUAAUACAGGUUAGCACGGCCUCAUUGAAAGAACUAGACCAAAGACUCUUUGAAAAUUACAUUGAAUUGAAAGCAGAUCCCAUUGUUGGCUCCUUAGAACCUGGAAUUUAUGCAGGCUAUUUUGAUUGGAAAGACUGUCUGCCUCCAACAGGUGUCAGAAACUAUUUAAAAGAAGCAUUGGUGAAUAUAAUUGCCGUGCAUGCAGAGGUGUUCACUGUUUCCAAAGAAUUGGUGCCUCGGGUACUAUCAAAGGUGGUAGAAGCCGUUUCUGAAGAGCUAAGCCGACUGAUGCAGUGCGUUUCAUCCUUCAGCAAAAAUGGAGCGUUACAGGCAAGACUUGAAAUCUGUGCUUUGAGGGAUACUGUGGCUGUCUACUUAACUCCCGAAAGCAAGUCUAGUUUUAAACAAGCUUUGGAAGCCCUGCCUCAGCUUUCAAGUGGAGCAGAUAAAAAGUUACUGGAAGAGCUCCUGAACAAGUUCAAGAGCAGCAUGCACUUGCAGCUCACCUGUUUCCAAGCAGCUUCUUUAAUCAUGAUGAAAACAUAAAUACCUCCCAAAUAAGGGCAAUCCAGAAAGAUAACAAGUAAUAAACUAUUUGCUUUUUUAAGUGCCCUGAAGGUAUUGGGUGUAUAGCUGGGUUUGCAAUUUCUGUCCCUCUCUCUCUCUCUCUAUUUUUUCUUUUCCUUUUUAGCUUACAAAGAUGUUGUGUAUGUUUUAUUUCAACCAAAAUGGCCUGAUUUGAAAUACUCAAGCAGUAUUUGUUUCUCCAUUUGUAUUACAUUAGAUCCUAUAUAUGACUGUUUAAAAUACCUUUUAAAAUAUAUUUUGUGUCCUACCCAAGUUUCAUGGUGAACGCUUCAGGAAGAGCUGCUUCCCUGGGGGGUGUUGAGACGGUGCGGUGUCUACUAAGGCAGUUCUCAGUUUUCCCUCACUGAAAACUGCUGUCAGCGUGGGAGGGUAGGCAGCUCUCAAAACACAGGGAAAGGGUGAUAAGGAGAGAUCUGGAAAGUUACGUUGAGGAAUCUUUGGAGCUUUAACUGUCCUAAAUUGUACCAUUACCUUUAAAAACUUUAUUUCAUAGAAAUGGCCCUAAGUCUCCUAAUUCAAGUUGGCUUUUUUAAAAAAGUUACAAUGAGGGCACAUUAUGUGUGGUUCAGAUGGCCAGGAAUUAGUUUUACAUUUGUCCUAUUUAACUUUUGUUUUUCCCAGUGCUAAACACUAAGCUCCUCAGUGUCAUCUGUGCAGUUUUCACUCACUCCCCGUGACGUGUGUCCCUCCACGUCAGCCUGUCACAGCCCCGCGGCCUGUGUGUCUCCACCACGGCACGUGGGUGCUGGGUCAGGGCCCAAGGGGACAGCCAGCCCCCUCUCCACCACUGUCCACACCUUCACCCCAGAAGUUGAUUUUCUUUCUGCCACUUCCUACUCUUUGAAGCGUCUCACUCAGUAACGUAAAACGCCACUCUGACACAGUCUGUUUUCUGAAGAUUUGAGACACUCCUCAGUCACCAAGCAGUGGGCGCUGUAGAUCAGCCACAGGCAUCUGUCCCAUAUUCGCUGAUGACUGGGCUGACUGGAAUAGGGCCAGGUCAUGGGUGGCCUCUCUCAAAGUCUUCUUCCCACACCUAACUCCUUCGUGCCCUUUGCAUCUAAAAACAGCAAUUCUCUAUUGAUAGUCUGCUAGGCAGGGUUUCGAACAGUUGAAGAGUAUGAUAGAAUCCCCUUGACGUUAAUGUAUUAUUAAUACAGGUCAUUUUAAAGCACAGUAUCUAAAGUAUUAGCCAUGUAUAGUAUCGAUUCUUUGAAGUAUGAAAUAAGUAAAUGCUGUUGUGUUUGUUUGUUUGGUAUAUAAGGGAGAAAUCAUAGUAAUUAGAAGUGAAAGUUUUAUAAAGGUGCUUGAUAAAGCUAUCAGAUACACUGAAUAUUGUGUCUCCUAAGUGUGUUAACUGUUGUAUCUAACCUGACUGUGAACUAAAUUGUGAAACUGCGAUCCUGAGUGUUUGUGUUAUUUUAAAUAUCUAGUAUAGCACCUUCAGCCAAUAAAGAAUCUGUUCUCAGUGUAAGGUGUUAUUUAGUUGUUUUUUUUUUCCCUGAGUGCUUUUAUUUCGAAAUUUCCAUUAGCUAUAUAACUUUUAAAUGUCCAGUUUUAACUUAAUUACUCAAAAUAAGAAAUACUUAUAUUUAUUUAAAUAUUAUUAAAUUGAAAAGCCAAUUCCUCUGCUUCUGUUGGCUGGGGACUUGCCAUGUGCUAGGCAGUGUAUUAAAGUACCUCAUUUAAUCCUCACAACACCUGAGUGCUAGAUUACCCCUCUGUCCAUGUAGCAGAUGAAGGAGUCAGGGCUUAGAGAGAGGUUGGUGACUCCUCUAAGACCACAAGGCCAGUAAGCGGCAGCCCGUGUUCAAACUCCAGUUCACACUUUAUCCUCAUAGCUCCUUAACUUCAUCACUGCUCUGUCUUUCCUUCUGGAUGGAUGUGCUUUCUGACGUCCGUCCACUAGGGACACAGCUCAGGGAAUGCUCAUCAGUGCCAGAGGCUAAUAAACUUUAGCAGCAUAGCAGCAAGUGAACACUUAUAGAGCUCAGAGUACAAGACAGAGGUAUAAAAACCCCAUACCCAAAUGAGGCAGUUUAAGAACUACUCUUCCAACAAGUUGAGGGGACUUCUUGGAAGAAAGGGGGAUUUCAAGAGCUACUUGAGUUACAGAAGGUUGAUUUAGUGGUUAGGGGAUGGAUGAAUAUGACAUGUGUUAGAAGAGAUUAAAUCAGGACUUGGAAAAAGUUUAACAAAGAGAUAGCUGAGGAAAAGAAUUAAGGUAGUUUCAUCCUCAGGUGAUAUUUAGCCCAUCCAUGUCUAUGUGGGUCAGCAUGGCUUCUUGGGAGUUAAGUUUGCCUCACUUAGUUUAAAUGCAGAGGAGCUAUUAGAAAUGAUUUGGUUUUACUAAGACUUUCUAUAUCAGUGUACUAUGAAAGUGUCAUAUUCUAGAAAUGAUUUGGGCAUUGCAAAACAGGCAUCAUUGCCUUAGACCCAGCUCACUGACUCAUUCUCCUGUCUCUGACAUCCUUGCUUAUAGUUGUUUUUUUUUUUUUUUCUUUUUUUUUAAGGGAAUAAAUAGAAAAGAUCACAUUUUUAUUCUGGAUUUGGUACAAGAUGGUAGUGUAUUUCUGUUUUGGUCACAUGCUACAGGGAUAUGCUGCUAGUAGCUGCUAAUAGUCAUAUUAGGGUGUUAUAAUGUGUUUUCUGAACAGUUCCAAAUUUCAUGUAGUUUUAAGAGUAAGUUUCUACAAUAAAGUCAAAUAUAUUUUAUUUAAUAUGCACAAAAUAAUUAUGCAUAACUACAUAAUUAAGACUAAACUUACAUACCUUUUGUCCUUUAACAUGUAUCUGCUGGUAUUAUUGUAAAGGUUUUCCUAUGGAUUUGUGUACUGCUGUGACACUAGUCUAAAAGAUACGUUGGAUAUUUGACAUCAUGCCUCAAUUAGAGGAGCAGCUGUAAUGAUUUUGCAGCUUUGAUUUAAAUGCAGUUGCAUAUUAGUCUGUAACAGAGCUGUCAUGCAUUUUUGUGUGCUGAUCUCAUCUCGUUUCUGUUCACACAUACUUUUUAU